AUGAUCAGCUUGAAAGCACAACCGUUGCAGAUCACGCUGCCGCUACUGAUAACACUAAUACCACCGUUGAUAAUCGGACAAAAUCUGUUCGGCCUUGCACCCAGCGCCGGCACCGCUGGGAAGAAAAAACUGAUCGUCCAUCGCGUCGGGCAGUGUCCGGGUCAGAAGCAUCUGCCGAUAUUUCUGCCGGACAUGCGCGUCGCCCCGAUCAACGCUACUAACAGCGCCGUCAGUGGAAUUAUAGAAUUCCGGGAGGACUUUCCCAACGGAUGGGACGUAUCGGCUACGGUGAAAAAGUGCGACGAUUUCCGUUCGGCGGAGAGCUGCCGAACGCACCUGAACAACAUGGCCAAUACGAACCAGUGUAUGCUGUUGCGGUUGGGCGCCGAUAUGAUGUGGAUGAAGUAUCUGAAGAGCAUCAGCCCCAAGCCCAUGUGUCCGUUCCGGAAGGGUAAUUACACUUAUGGCGAAACGCUGGUGGACGACGAAUUGGUCAAAUAUAUGCCAGUUCCAGGCAACUCCAACUGGGAAGUUGAGAUCACUGGAAAAGCCAAAAACCAAUUGGUCUUGUGCAUUAUUCUGCAAUUCCAGGUGCGACCGAAGAAGGGUGGAGCUUGAUGGCACAACAAAUU